AUGUCGCAACAAUUAGAUUUUAAAAAAAUAUGUCGGGCCUGCCUAACAGAUGUUGGGCCCCUAAAAGAUUUAUUCACCGUAUGUUCAUCUGGCAUAUUCAAAUAUUGUACAUCUGUUGAGAUUUCAGAUACUGAUGCCAUGCCGAAGUUAAUUUGUCAAUCAUGUUUGGAACUGUUAAAUAAGUUUUACUACUUUAAGCAAGUUGUAGUGAGAUCAAAUGUUAUAUUGAAACAACAAUACAAGAUGCAGGUACAAGCUGAGUCAAUUUUACCAGAGAGUAAUGAUAAUACUUUACUUGAUAUAACAGAAGAGAAUGAUGAUAUGACACUACAAGAUGAAGCAAAUGGCAUUACUCAGAACAAUGUAGAAAAACCAUUUGAUACUGCUAGUCUCAUUAGUCAGAUACUCGCUCGACGACGUAGAAGAGGACCUGGUAGACCACCAAAAGACCCAGGGUCACAACGCCGUUCAGAACGUAUGAAAUGUGUUAAAUGUGGCAAGAGCUUUCAAAAGUAUGAGAAUUUCGAAGCUCACAUGAGGGGACACUUUGGGAAGCAGCCAGACAUAAAAUGCAAGCAUUGUGAUAAGACGUUCCUCUCCCUCCGAAGCUUAAACAGUCACAUACGUAUCCAUAGUGCAGUGCGCAAAUACCAAUGCCUCUCGUGCGGAAAGAGCUUUGCUUACCUCAACGUUUUGAAGAACCAUGAGCUGAUACACGCAGGCAUCAAGAAACAUGAGUGUCAUAUGUGUGAUGCGAAGUUUGUGCAGGCAUACAACUUGAAGAUUCACAUUGAGACACGUCAUCAUGAUGAGAAAAAGUAUAGCUGCUCGCAGUGUGGCAAGCAGUUUUCUCAAGCUGGUAACCUCAAAAUACACCUCGUUCGACAUUCAGGCAUUAAGAACUACCCCUGCACGGCAUGCGAUAUGCGUUUCUGUAUUAAGGCAGAUUUAGUGAAACAUAUGCGGUCUCAUUCUGCGGAGAAGCCAUUUUCAUGUCACAUGUGCAAUAAAAAUUUCAAGAGUAAAAGUUUCUUGUCUAUUCACAUGAGGACGCACACAGGUGAGCGACCAUACGCUUGUGAUUUGUGUCCGAAGAAGUUUAUGGCUAGAAAGGAUUUACGAAAUCAUCGCAUGAUACACACCGGGGAGAAACCUCACAAGUGCCAACUCUGCAACCAAGCGUUUAUACAAAAGUGUGCCCUUAACAGACACAUGAAGGGUCACGGGAAACCAGACAUGAAUGUCUCUCGAGCUCAAAUUUCACAGAUCGACAACACACCACCUUUGCAGGUUGCAUAUUCUCAUCAUCAAUGGCAUCCUGAUGUAUGA